CUCUGAUAUCAAUCCGGUAAUUAUUACGAAAAUGUCACGCGAACGAUCUGAUAUGGACAUUUCUUCAAAUAUCCACCAUUGCUGUUAUUUUCUGGACGUGAAACAAAGCAAGAAAAUAAAAACACUCUAUCGUGGGCCCUCCCCCUUUUCAUCAAACGUCACGACGCACGCGUGACUACGUCAAUGUCACGUCCACGUAGUAAAAAAGAAAAAUGGCUGCCUCUUGUAUGGACUGAAUCUUUCUCGAAUUUAUACUUUGACGAUGUCAUCAACCGACGCACAGCAAGUGACAAUGCCAGACGUUCUGAAGACAGAGGCGAUCCCCGAGGAUCCAAAUAAACAGAAAAUGUCAGAACUCCCAAAAAAUGACAAUAAGCCUGUGCUUCUGAUAAAAGACAAGAAAACAGGGCUUCCGACAAAAGACAAUAUUCCAGCGGUUCAAAAGAAGAAAAAGAAUAAGAAACCAGAGAUUCCGAGAAGGAAUAAGAAAACAGAUGAUCCCAGUAAGCCGGUUCCAUUAAACCUGAACAACGAGGUGGUGAGGAUGAGGAAGGAGGUGAAAAGGGUCAGGGCGCUGGUCAUCAGGAAGUUGACUAGACAGAUAGCAGGUCUGAAGAAAAGGAAGGGGAAGGAGGAAGAUCUGGAGAGGAACCGGAGGAGGAUAGGCAGACUGCUGGAAGAAAUCCAUGAGAUGAAGACAUUCAAACCUGAUCCGGUGACCAAGGCUGCCCUCCAGAAGAACCUGAGUUUUGAGUUUGCCUGUAAGAACCCAAAGGCCACCAUUUCUGACCGAGCUAUAGCCCGUAUCGCCACUCACCCCCAGUUCAGCAAGAAGAUAGACACCAUCAAAGCUGCCAUUAAAGCCUUCAAGGAUGAGAGGAUGACAGUAGAGAAAGAAGACAAGACGGGAACGGUUAAAAAACAGCCUAUAAAGGUGGUAGAGGUGAUCGAGCAGCCGAAGGACAGUGAUUGGGGGGUGGAAGUUGAAGAGGAGGAAGAGGAGAAGGGAAAUGAAGAGAUGGAUGAGGAGGAAGAUGGAACACCCGCGGAGAGCCAGAGUCUAACGGUUGACGAACCAGCUGUUAUAGAAAAGCAACCUGUUGAUAAGACUGUCAGGGUUAUAGAAGAAGACAUUUCCACGAUAGAGAAUAAAGAAUCGGCCCUAGAGAAUACAGUAGCUGACCCUCAGCCCAAGGAGAUGUCAGAGGCUGAUAAGACUCUGAUGGACUCAUCCACUCCAUUCACAAUAGAGGCCCCACAAGUAGUACCUACAAAGAACAUAGUAACCAUGAAAAACACACCACAGAAGCAAGUCGUCCAGAAACUCACAAAGGACACUCCAGCCACUCAGAAGACUCAAGACCCCAAACCCCAGAAAGUCACUAAACCUCAAAAUAAGGAUGUUAAAAACAAGCAGGAUGAUGAAGAGGAUUCUGAUGAUGAUGAUGAUGAGGAAGAGGAGAGCGACUUGGAGUCUUCGGACGACGAGGGGAAGGAGUAUUUUGACGACAGCACGGAGGAGCGUUUCCGUAAGCAGUCCUCCCAGUCGGAUGAGAGCGACAACGACGAUUUCUUCCUGGGGAAAGUCAGCAAGUUCAAAAAGAAGAGUGAUACGGCUACAGCGCCACCAGGUAGAGGGGAGGGGAAGAGCAGCGAACUGGGGAAAAACCCACUGCUGGAGCCACUGGAGAGCUUAAACCAACACCAGACUGAACUGGAUGAGCUAGAGGCCAGACUGAACUCCAAGGGGAAGUCUGUCUUCUGCUCCAGUCUGUCUGGUUCCAGAGGGAGUAGAGGCGGAGGCAGGGGUAGAGGCGGAGGCAGGGGUAGAGGCGGAGGCAGGGGUAUGGGCCGAGGAGGGGGUAGGGGAGGGGACUUCAAGAACUGGGGAAGAGGGGGAGAUGAUGGCCCAUCUCGGGGUCCUGGAAGGGGAAGGGGAGACUUUGGGAGGCAACAGGAAGGCAGAGGGUUCUCCUCCACCCCUUCAUCUCAGCCACCACAACAGGCCCUGCACCCGUCAUGGGAGGCCAGUAAGAAGAGGAAGGAGCAGCAGACCGUAGUAGUGGCCUUCCAGGGAAAGAAGAUCAAAUUUGAUGAUUGAGCUAAGGCUGGGCGAUAUGGCCAAAAUGUAUCACAAUAUUUUUGAUGGUAUUUGACAGUAUUUUAUGUUUUAAAAUAAUAAAAGUUAUCCAUUUUG